GCCAAUUUGCUAAAGUGAGCUGUCGAACAAACCUGAAGUGUCAACACCGCUGGACGCUCGAUGUCGGAACUUGGGCGUGUGGGCAUUCCUUUUUGCAAGCCAAGGAAGCCCCUGCUCGGCCUGUCUGUCCAUCGACUGCAUCCAGCUCUUGCCUGGCAUGGAUCUAUUGUCUUUAGGCGAAGCUGGGGCCACAGCGCGAUUUUGCAGGGAAGAGAUAGGAAGGAGCCUGAGACGGAAGGAGCCGACUGGGAAGGAGGGCCCGGGAAUCCAGACAAGUGGAGUUCCAGGACAAAGAAAGUAGCCGCCCAUCUGUGGAGGACACCACGAAUUUGACAUAAAAGCUAGGCUAUUCUUGGAGAAAGGUUCAAGGCACGAAUAGUCGGCAAGCCUGAGCACCAGAUCUCAUUCUUCGUGCUGUGGUACAGAAAGUUCUCGAUUCCUGGGCUAGCUUUGUUAGUCCAGCCGAAACCCUACAUACACGCGGGCUAUCGCAAGCUAUAUGUCAUGUACAAAUAAUCAGACGAUCCAUGCAGUCCUCCAUCUAUUGGACUCGAAAACUACGUCCGCUAGCAGUCUUCCUCUCUCUCUCCUCGUUCUCCGGUCUUGCACGGUUGAGCACUAUGUUUGGUUAGUUCAGAUCACAGCCAUCAGAGAUGGAAUUGACACGUACCCUGGAGGAAAUCGGCUGUCCGCUUGCGCAUCCUGGUGUGGAUGUAUGCCUUAAUCAACUGUCAGCAAGCCGUUUCAAUGCUGCAUGCGGGUAGCACUUGGAAUCACCUUGGAUGCUUUAAUGUGGUAGUGGAAAUAGUCUCGGAAGGUCUGAAUGUGAGAGAUGUUUUCAUGGCGCCGCUGUGGCGUCAAAUGGCGAGGAAAAAGCACUGCGCCAGGUCAGUCUGAGACUUGCCAAGAAGUGAGUUACGAUCUUACCAAAAGUGAUAUAACUAAUCUGGCCGUCACCCGCAUCCUCAAGUCCAGGGACGCCUGCCAAUUCCAGCGGGCGGUCGUUUCGGAAAAGAACUUGGGGCGCAUUCUGCAACGUCAAAACACGUCGCCGAGCAUCGACGAAUUCCUGUAAAAAGACCUUGCCAAAGAUACGGUCUGUUUCCUCUCGGAAGAUUGUGCUGAAGAUCACAGUCACUCGGUCGUGACUCGCCUUGAUAUAGAUUGCCUCUUCUUCCCGGUAGUGGACCGCCAUGACCUCUCCUCCCUCCGCAACUCCGGCAGGCGCUGACUCCGAUGUAUACCGUGAUGCUUCCUCCGCCAGCUGUGCGAACUCGUCAAAGGCCUUCUCGAAUGGCGCGGCCAUUGCAUUGCGCUUCAGCAAAGCAAGUCGCAUAAUGAGAUCUUCUCUCGCUGCCUGAUCAUCGGGGAGCUCUUCCAGAUCGAUUUGUACGGAGAAGUCGUAGCCCGGCUCGGGGGCGACAAUGUAGGGACCGUACUCCCUCUCCAGGACCUGCUGGGCGCCAUACUGAACCAAUUCGCGGAAGCAUUUAACGUUGAUAGAAAUAAGAAUUUUGGUCUUGGUUUCCGGAGUAGAUAGAUGGAAAGUCACGCCGUCAAAGUCGGAGACGAUCUGGUCGACAGACGCCGGCGGGGCUCUGGAUAAGCAAGCAAGCUGUCAGUUCCCAAUACCAUGUGUAUGCAUUGAGGGGGUAAAGGCGGGGAAGCAGGGAGGAUGUACCCAGAAAACCGCUCGGUUAGCAGAGACCGGAUAAGAACAUUCUCGUAAUCAAGCAAAAGCAUCCUGACUGUCACACUGAUCAAUUGAUCUUGAGUUUCCUUCUCCUUUCUUCUGCCUAGUUGGGGUGACGUUUGUUGGUGUUGGCGCAGCGUCUGGGAGACUCGCAAGGCGGUGAGCCGGCGUGCGGCUCUGGCUGCUGCGGGUUGCCGUAAAUAAUUCUAUGGCCGGUUUUCUGCGCCAGCGGUUGCUCUCCAGAAUUUUUCUCGCAGGUCGGACGGUUCACCAUGGUGAAGUCAUAUCUAAAAUUCGAGCAUUCGAAAACUUUCGGGCUCGUCACUUCGGCAUCCUCCAAUGCAAUCUGGGUCCGAGACGAUGCGCUUGCCGGAGUUGCACGUCAAACAGGGGCUGGUCGGGCAGUGGUAGGUGCCGGUGAAGAGGUUUUGUGCUGGGAUGUGAAGAAAGCGGAAUUGCUAGGGAGAUGGAAUGAUUCCGAAUGCCGGGCGCAAGUCACUGUGAUCACUCAGAGCAAGACGGAUGAGGAUAUUUUCGCUGUUGGUUACGAGGACGGAAGCAUUCGCUUAUGGGACUCAAGAACCGAAUCAGUGAUCAUCUCGUUCAACGGCCACAAGUCCGCCAUCACCCAACUUGCAUUCGACAGCGCUGGAGUACGUCUUGCCAGUGGCUCACGGGAUACAGAUAUCAUUGUCUGGGACUUGAUAUCAGAAGUCGGACUGUUCAAGCUACGCGGGCACACCGAUCAAAUCACCUCUCUCAACUUCCUCGUUCCCUCUCCCGAAUUACUGAAUCAAGCCGGACUGAGCGACCACGCCGGAUUUCUCAUCACGACUGGCAAAGACUCGCUAAUCAAAGUAUGGGAUCUAGCGUCGCAACACUGUAUCGAGACACAUGUGGCACAGUCAAACGGAGAGUGCUGGAGUUUAGGUCUUGCUCCCGAUCAGAGUGGUUGUAUCACCGGAGGAAACGACGGUGAGCUCAAAGCUUGGUCCCUUGACGAGGCCGCUAUGCUCGAAAUUUCCAAGGAGAAGGCCGGCUCGGAAAAGCGUAAGAUUCUCGUUGAUAGGGGAGUAUUCUAUCGCAACGGAAAGGACCGAACAACGGGGAUUACCUUUCACCCGCGAGCGGACUAUAUCGCAUUGCACGGUUCAGAGAAGGCUGUUGAGAUUUGGCGUAUCCGUUCCGAGACAGAAGUGCAGAAGAGCCUGGCUAGAAAGCGCAAGCGAAGAAAGGAAAAGGAGGGCCAGCGAGCGACGGAAAACGGCGAGCUUGAAAAGGCCGUGGAGAAGGUGGAAGAAGAUGUUUCCGCUGCACCAGUUACCGAAGUCUUUGUGUCUCAUAUUAUUGUCCGGACGGGCGGCAAAGUCAGGUCUUGCGACUGGAUCCGGACAAAGUCAAGCGGAAAGAUUCAACUGCUGGCUGCUACGACAAACAAUCAGGUGGAAGCCUACAGUGUCGCGAUGCAUAAUAAGAAGAGCAAGAGCGAGGAUGAGUUAGACUACAACCGAACCCUGGCCGUUGAUAUGCCCGGUCACCGCACCGAUAUCAGGUCUGUGGCCCUGAGUUCCGACGACCGAAUGCUAGCUUCUGCCUCCAACGGAAGUCUGAAAAUCUGGAACGUCAAGACGCAGAACACUCUGCGAACCUUGGAAUGUGGUUAUGCUCUAUGCUCUGCAUUCCUUCCGGGUGAUAAGAUUGUGGUCGUGGGAAAUAAGGAUGGUGAGUUGGAGGUUUUCGACAUUGCCUCCUCUACUCUUCUUGAUACAAUCAAAGCACAUGAAGGGCCGGUCUGGUCCCUCCAGGUACAUCCCGACGGCAAAUCCUUGGUCAGUGGUAGCGCGGACAAAUCUGCAAAAUUCUGGGAUUUCAAGGUUGUGCAGGAGGAAAUCCCGGGUACCAAGAGAACAACGCCCCGUUUCAAGUUGAUUCAUUCAAGGACGUUAAAGGUUGCAGACGACAUUUUGAGUCUUCGUUUCUCGCCCGACGCCCGCUUGCUUGCAGUGGCACUUUUGGACAAUACAGUCAAGGUGUUUUUCGUCGACUCUUUGAAACUGUUCCUCAACCUCUACGGUCACAAGCUCCCUGUCCUGAACAUGGACAUUUCAUGGGACAGCAAACUCAUUGUCACCUGCUCGGCGGACAAGACGGUGCGCGUUUGGGGUCUGGACUUUGGUGAUUGUCACAAGUCCUUUCUUGCCCACGAAGACAGUAUUAUGGCAGUUGCCUUUGUGCCAAACAACAAGGACGGUAAUGGCCAUAACUUCUUCAGCGUCAGCAAAGACCGCGUCAUCAAGUACUGGGACGGCGACAAAUUCGAGCACAUCCAGAAGCUAGCCGGCCACCACGGCGAAAUCUGGGCAAUGGCAAUCAGUCACUCUGGCGAGUUCAUCGUCACCGCCAGCCACGACAAGAGCAUCCGCACCUGGGAGCAAACAGACGAGCCCCUGUUCCUCGAAGAAGAGCGAGAAAAGGAACUAGAAGAGAUUUACGACAACAACCUCGCCGCUUCUCUUGAAGACGAAGAAGACAACGCUGAUGGAGAAAAGGCCGAAGCUGUCGACGCCGGAAAGCAAACAACGGACACCCUCAUGGCUGGAGAAAAGAUUAUGGAAGCCCUCGACCUAGGCAUGGAAGAUCUCGAAGUCAUGCGCGAAUGGCGUGCGGUCAAGGCGCGACAACCGAAUGCCGCACCGCCAGCCCGCAAUCCUCUUUACAUCGCCCUCGGCAACGUCUCCGCCGAGCAACACUUGCUCAACAUCGUGCAGAAGAUCCCCCCCGCUGCACUCCAGGAUGCCCUCCUCGUCCUUCCCUUCUCCAAGGUCCCCGCCCUCUUCACCUUCCUCAACAUCUGGGCAAGCCGCGAAUGGAACGUCCCACUCACCUGCCGUGUUCUCUUCUUCAUGCUCAAGACGCACCACCGCCAGAUCGUCGCUAGCAAGAUGAUGCGCCCCAUGCUCGACAGCAUUCGCUCGUCUUUGCGUCGGGUCCUCAAGCGCCAGAAAGACGAGAUGGGAUUCAAUCUUUCCGCCUUGCAGUUCGUCGGCCAGCAGAUCAAGGCGCAUGGUACGAAGGAUUACAUCGAUGAGGAGGUUUGGGAGGAGCAGGAGCGGUCGACGGGAACUGGCAAGAAGCGCGUGUUUUCCAGCAUUGCUUGAUCGGACAGCCUUUGGCUACCAUACUGUACAUUUCACAUUUGUAUACAUGCAUGUGUAUGGCGUUUAUCUAGAUUCGCUUCGGUCUUGGGGCUACAGAAAAGUUAUAUAUCCUUGGAGUUAAUGAGACAAAUGUACGCAUGAUUAUAUCUUCAAAAUUAUCAGUCCAUCUUGAUUGAAAACUAGCCCUACAAAUAAACUCCAGAAUCCACUGAGUGCUCCAUCCAUACCGUGAGCAAUCCUCCUUCCAUUCCAUGGUCUCCGAGAAAUUCAAGAUAGAAACCUAUAUCAAAUUCCCAUUAGCACAAGCUUCAAUCAAAUGCAAACAGGACAUCAAGGUCCAAACAAAGGAUUGAACCCCCGCAUUGCAGACCCAAAACACCAUUUCAGCAGAACCAUUAUAAGCAUCGACGACAAGGCCUCCCUUAAUUUGGGAUAACCUCGGCAUACCUCUUCCGGCUCUUCCUAAUAAUACCGGUUCUUGAAACAAUGUUCUCAUCAUUGUGGUGUUUGGGUCGCGUGUUGCGAGGAAAAUCCGAAGGGAGUAAAUGAGUAGCAUACCUAUCAUAUAAUUAGUGCGUCGUAGAUUGCAUGUAUAGAGUGCGUGGGCUAGCAAGACGUUGGCAGUCUGUGUUCAAAGCUUCGAGUUUUGCGAAGGGAAAGU